UGUCCGUUUCAGGGCCGACGAUCAACAACCCCCAACAACGCGGUAAAACUGCAACAGCUUCCUCGUCGUCGCCGCCGUCGCCGUCGAUGGAGCCUGAAAUUUGGGACGACGAGUUCGAGCUCGAUGAGCCGGUGCCCAGCACCAGCACAGCGCCACCCCGACGGACGUCACACGAACUUUCCUCCGACGAGGACUUUGGUUUAUGGGACAGCGAGGACCGUACCCUCACUGUUCGUUCGUCGCGAAAGCCGUCGACACCGCCGCCACCGGUGCCGCCACUUCCUUCGUCGCUGCUGCACUCACCCACCGCCUCGCUCUUUUCCGCUCCGUCAUACCAUGCCAACAACUCAUCUACUCACCUCCGGCCAACGUUCUCUCGGACGUCUGCCUCGACCCUAUCACAUCUACCACCCUCACCGCCUAUCGCCCGACGAAGAUUGAAGAAGAAGAGCCGGCCUCCGGAGACGAUGGGAAUGUUUGAGAUGCAAGAGUUCAGCGAGGAGGAAUUACCGGCGGCACGAGAGAAGGAUGAUGAUCCUCCGACUUCGCCAACCGUCUUGACGAGAAUUGGGAGCGUCAAGUCAAAGUGGGGCCUCAGACGAAAACGGGCGAGCGCGACGCCCGCCGAGGUCGUCCGUGACGAACGACACGAUACUUCAUGGUUCGCUCAUUCUCCUUCAGUAAAUAAACGAAAAUCAAUGUCAGGAUUACCUGCAGACCUGGAGGCUGAGCUGAAUUCAACACCAACCCCAAAAGAAGGUAGCCGCAGUUGGAUGGGCAAUGUUCGACGCUUAAGUCUCGGGGGCAAGCAUAAACGGGGUAUAUCUAUUGGUACUCCUGGUACUUCAGGUCCUGACAUUCCCUCGGUGGAGCUACUACCGUCUCCAUCAAAGGUGGCUUCACUAGGACGGACCGCCGCUCCGAGCACCGCGCCUGUAACACGGCGUAAUUCUCUGGGUGACCUUAAGAUUCCCCCUCGCGUAGCUCAAGCACAAGUCGGCUUACGCAGAGAUCUAGGCCUGGUCAGGGAGUUUGCACAGAGCGUUGACGAACUCAAAGCCCUGCAAAACACCUACCAGGCUCUUGUUACUAAACUUGACCCUCUUCUCGCUCAGCCACCUCCACCUCCCUCGUCUUCCCCCUCUAUUCCGGUUUUCCGUCCCCGUGGGCGAUCAAAAUCCAACGCGAAGCAUCUCGCAGCGGAAUACUAUGUCAUCAAUUCGAAAUAUCGAAUUGCUUGGGAAUGUGCUGAACUUCUUGUUGAUUUAGGGACUGGUACGCCGUCAACGAGUGUUAGCGCCCCAGCCAUAGCCACUAUAACGACUGUUGGAAAAGAAGACGAGCCACCACCACCACCACCACCACCCCUUGCCCUGCCUAUAGCUUCGCCCUCUCCUGCCUGGCGUGCUUCUACUGGUCGACACGAUCUCAGCCAACGUCAACUGCACCUACUGCACGAGAUGCUGGCUUCCCCUGAAUCCCAACAAUCUCAGCAUCCAACUACAAUCAACCGCGAAUGGCGCUGGGGAGACAGCACUAUAACACUCCCGUCGCAGUCAGAAGACUCAUCGAGCCAAGCCCCCGAGGAGGAUGCCAGGAAGAAAAGACGGGGGAGUAGGCUUGGUCUGGGAGGGCUGAGAGACGCGCUGAAAGCUUUGAAAUGGCAUCAGCACAAUCACGAACAUCAUCAUCACGACCAUAAUCAUGAUCAGCGUCAGAGCGCAAAUCAAUCAAAGGCAUCACUGCACUCGAAUGGUAAUGAUGGUCAUUUGUACCCUCAUGCCAGACUUCCAACGUACGGUCGUCGACGCGCCAAGACGUCGACUGAACCAUACGAGUCCUAUUCUUCUCUAUCGAAUGGGCAUGGAAAACCUGCCUCGAGUCCACGAAGACCCUCACUCGCGUCUAUCUUCCGGAUUGGAUCGAGCAAAACAUCGAGUUCCAAAUCGAGCAGUGUAACUGGCGGUGCAGAUGCGAGUAAAAGUAAUCUUAACUUGUCGUUAGUACCUACGACGAGCUCAGAUUAUGGAUGGGAUCAUUUUGACGACCGGGAAGAGCACGUGGAUACAAUUCGUGUGAAGAAUCGGCUAUCGAAUGUUGAGGAGGAAGCAAGGUCGAAUCGGUUUUCGCAGCCUGGACCGUCGACUGUGGUUCCACCACUUCCGAAUGGGUCGGCAUCUCACUCGCCUGAUGGACAUGUGAAUGGAUCUACCAGACCGCCGUCCCUUCCGCCAUUAGACAUCAAAGGCAAAGGGGUGCUAAAAUCUGGCUCCGUACGGUCAAUGCCACCGACUCCUGCGGUGGCGAUGACCCCGGAGAACAUCAAACCUUUGCUGGAUAAUGCGAGGGAAGUGAAGAGGCGCUUGGAGGAGUGUGUUGAGGAGCUGAGGGUGCUGUUGAGGCAGGUUGAGGCGGCGGAGAAGUAGAGUCAUAUUUGUAUCAUUUAUCAUUUGGUUUU